AUGUGGCUUGUUCAGGGUGAAAUGCCUGGUGGUCCCAAGGAUGGUAGUGUCAUUCCUAGAUACGCAGGUCACAUCGCCACACAGAUUUGGAUGGGGAGUGGUGCCAGAGAUUGUCAGAUUUUGAGGUGUCAUCCUAGAACUCAGUGGUGCCUAGAUUUGCAGGAGAUGUACAAAAAUAUGACAGACGAUGUGCGUAGCCGAGUAGAUAGUACUGUUUUGAGUAGACUAGCUCACAUCAUGCAUCACCACAUUGAUUGGGCCCUGAUUUCAGCAUUUGUAAAGCGCUGGCAGCCAGAUACAAACACUUUUCACUUUCCUUUCGGCGAGAUGACUAUUAUGCUCCAUGAUGUCCAGUACAUACUUGGGUUACCAGUGGAGGGUGCUCCUAUUGUGGAGCGUAGCGAUGUUGCGUCUUUGAGGGUUGACUUUCAGAACUUUUUGGGGGUAGGAGUAGCAGCUCUUGUUGCCAAGCCAGGUGCUAUUUGGGAUAAUGGGGGGUAUCAUGUCAGGCCAUACAUGAGAGGUGCCUGGCAGAGAGGGGAGACGUUGAUAUCCAGGUGCAGGGUUACUUGA